AUGCUGCACACCUCCGACCCCUCUUCGCUCUGUAGAUGGGCGUCUGGCGCGCGACUUCUCCUUCGUCAGCCACCUGCGCAUGACCAACUCGGGCCGGUCGGAGAGAGGAGCGGCCGAGGCCCAACCGCUCGUGGUGCUGACCAAAGCCUCGGGCGAGGUCGAGUUGGCCGUCAAGUUGAGCGCCGGCACAGGCCUCAGCCUCGAGUACUGGACCGGCAAACGCCUCCUCGAACUCGACUUCCCCGAGACCGUGGAGCCUCUGGACGACAAGAAGUAGGUCCUCCCGUCUUCCAUUUCCACGCGCCACGGCCUCGCAUUCUGACCUUUUUGCCCACUUUUUUCACUUUUUCUCCCGACCCCCUACCACCGGGCAGAUGGCACUUUCUCGGCCUCAGCAUCAAAGGCGAUCAGGCCACGGUACUCGUCGACUGCAGGCCGCUCGCCUCGAGGACUCUCGACCGGGCCGCCGAUCAUUCGCUCAGUCCCGGAGAGUCGGGACGCAUUCUCGCCCUUCGCGACAACCACGGAUUGAUCGGCUUUCACGAGGUGAGAUCGCCAAUCCUCACAAAAGUGCUCUUCAUCCCUUGCAGCACUACUCGUAGCGGUGCAAGCAGUAGUUACAGUAGUGACUAG